UGGUUUAUUACAGUUGUUUUGUCUGAAGCUAAUAAAGAAUAUCGGCCCGAGGACGGUACUGUUGAUGCUCCAACAUCACAGAUCCGUUAUUACUAUGACACCAAUUUUCAACAAGAGGAAGUUUUGAAGACUGAAGUAGAGACAUUGAAGCGCGAAAAUGCACUCCUUAAGAAGGAAAACCAUAAGCAAAGUAUCGAGCUUGCUUCAUUGAAGCGGGAGUCCAACCUGCAAUUGAAGAGAAACUCGUCGGAAUUGGAGGCGCUGCAAAAGCGUUUGGCUGAAAUGGCUGCUGAAAUUAAAAAUGUAGAACAUACACUGGCCGGCACGUUUACCAAAAGACAGAUAACGAAGAUGAAGGUUGGGACGAAGCGACGAAAAAUGACACAAAAAGACAUUGCAAAGUCGUUAGCACUGUAUGCUGGCAGCAUUGUGCAAAGUUUGAAGUGAACUCGGAUACAUGUGUUUUCCAAGAACGCUGAGAUUACCCGAUUUCAAUUACUACAGGAUUUUACUGAAGAAGCUUCAAAGAGACUAACGAAAGCAGCAGAAAAGUUGUAUUAAGGUCCUUGUAAACGAUAAGAGUGAUUUUCAUGAGAUGGCUCUAUUUUGAUAUGAAUAUUCUCAUGUGCGUUGACGCGCAAACUGUGUCUCAUUUUAACACUGCACGUGUUAGAUUCAUAAAAGAGAAGAUUUAACAAUAGAAAAAUAAUAAGGAUGCUCACACCGAUUAGGUAAAUCCUGGCCUUAUAUGUAUUUCGUGCAAAUACGUCUAGUGAAAUAUCAAAGCAUACAAAUAGUGGUGUUUGUUGACUCAUUUCCUGUAAAAUCCAGUAAAAGUUACUGGAUAAUUUGUAAUCGAAAACAACUAAUGAAAACUCAACAUGCCCUAUAUGAGAGCUAAGGUUAAAUUUAUUUAAGGCGGUUUGCAUGUGUCAAAGUUUCUUAUGAGUGAGUGAGUUAAAGCUUAAACAGACGGCAGCGUUUAUCCGGAUUAACUCAGACUUAAUCUGGAUCAACUGCAGUUAAUUCCCGAGUUGAUCCGGAUCAACGCUGCCGUCUGUUUAAGCUUUUAGAAAGUGAGAGCUUUGAAGCUUUCUUUCCCACUUCUUCCUUCAGCGAAGAAAUUUGUGUACCGAAAGCCAAAUAGUUUUUGUACUACCGAUACCACCUUAUACGAAUUCUUCUUGAUGAGAGCUGAGAAUACCAGUGAGAGUGUUAUUUUAAGAUGAGAGUCACUAUGCAGAGAACAAAGAUGGCGCGGUCAGAGGUACCGGUGCUAUGGCACAAGGUAGCGAACAGAAGGUGGCGCAUUCCGCAAACCGCUACUUUGGUUUUGUCAAAUAACGUAGAUCUAUAUUGUGUGGCUUUGCCGAUUCUUACAGUUAUCUAUGUUCAUAAACAACGCCUCAAAAACUUAAAAUGCACCGAAAUUCACUAUACUUUAACUAAAAUCACAAUUUUUUCACAUUUCCCCUAUUAAUUAGUAUUACAAGUCAUAUAUUUUCACAAUUUAAAAAGAAUUAAAACACGUUUCCUAUCUAAAAAUGGAAUAUUAAGAAAAUUGACUAAUCUCACAUUCUGUUUUAUCCUCCUAUUCGGCUUCGCUACUUUUUACCCACAAAUGUCUUCGCCGUCGGGAAUGCGCAAUCUUUUCUAUCAUUCUUGGGUACUUUGGUAUUGCCGGAUUUGACAAUUCUCAAGUAUAAGUAAACAUCGCCUCAAACUUUAAAUGCACCGACAUUUACCCUUCACAAAAUCACCAUUUUCUGACCUUUUCUCUGUAAAUUAUUCUUUUAAGUCAUACAUAUUUCUACAAUUUAGCACAAUUGAACGUUUUCUAAAACAAAAAUUAAUAUUGAUGAAAUUACCUGUUUUAACUUAAGAAAUAUCGCCGCUAAGACCGCGCGAAUAUAAGAUUCUAUCAUUCUUUUGAUGAGAGUGAAUACCCUCUCUCUUUGCUAUUUAGGCGGUGAGGAUUAGAGUAGGGCUAUCACGAAAAUUACUCUCAUCGUUUACGAGAACCUUUAAGUAUACGCCUUAAAACGCCUUAAAAUAUUAAAACGUCAUUAAAACAUCGGAUUUGAAUAAAUUGAAUGUAUAUACAG